UUAAACAGGAGCAAUUGAUAGUAUAGAGAUAAGAUUGUUUCCUGUGGGCGACAUGUUCAUAUUUAAAUGCAGUUCAACGACAGUUCUUCAAUAGUCUUAAUUAUUUUAUAUGAUAUUUGUUGGAAUAAUAUAAGUUGAUAUAAGUUGGAAGAAUAACACAAGAAUCGUGCUGAUCUAGAAAGGUACACCGACUAUGCCGAUGCUAUUUCUGAUCACGUGGUUGCUCCACUCACUUUGUUCUGGUAAUGCCGUCGACAAUUACUACAAAAACAAUGGGACGCACUGGAUUGUGUUGCCGGACAGAAUCAUACCAGGCAAAUCUUUGCCCAUCACAUUCAACUUUUACAACACCAGUACUGACGUUGUCGUCAAAGUUGACCUCUUGGAGUAUGACCACAACAGUAUUUCGUCUCUCAGACAUACUUUUGUGAAAGGAGAGGGUGGUCUGCUUCAAAUUUCGGUCCCAUCGACGCUUCGACAUGGCGGCACCUUUAAGCUUCUAGUGAAUGGCCUAAGCGGAGUCUACUUUCAGCAACAUGCUUCUCUCACUGUUGACAAAGGCUACAUCCCGAAACGCUUCGCCGUUCACAUUCAACUUGACAAGGCGAUCUAUAAGCCAGGACAAACAAUAAAUUUUCGAACAUUUGGUGUCUACUCAGACAUGACCGUGUUCAGUGGAUACUUCGACGUCGAUAUUUACGACCCCAAAGGCAAUCACAUGAAGAAGAUGACAAACGUUUCCUCGGGCGCCUACGGAGUUGUAGAGGACCUGAUGAUCAUGGAUGAUGAACCCCUUCUUGGCACGUGGCGUAUUGCGUCCAAGGCUCGACGCCAUGACUACGAAAACAAUACCUAUAGUGAUGAGACUACGAGCAAAAGUUUUAAUGUGGAUAAAUAUGUCCUGCCCAAAUUUGACGUCAAAGUGAAUCUUCCAUCUUACGUUGUAACCACUGACAAAGAUAUGCAUGGAAGCAUUGAAGCCAAGUACACCUACGGUAAGGCUGUGAUUGGCACGGUGGUAGUCCGGGCUGAUGUAAACUAUAUCGGAGCCCCAUGGAAGUACGUGGGAGAUGAAGUGAUGGUGGAAACCAAGCUUGAUAUAAACGGAGAUGCAAAGUUCACCAUACCGUUCGAUCAGCUCCUGAACGAAGUUGAUCCAAACACGUACAUGCCUUUGGUAGAGAAGUUAGCUGGCUACAUGUUGACAGUUACCGUGAGCGUCACAGAGAGUCUGAACAACAUCACGCGACAUGCAACAGAACAGGUUAAAUUCUACAAGGAGCCAUUCAAAGUCUCCUUUGACCGUGAAACCAGCCCUACAUUUUUCAAACCUGGAUUGCCAUACAUCGGUCACAUCUCAUUGACACAAGCUGAUGGUCGGCCAGUUAUAUCCAAUGUCACUAACGUGCUUGUAAAGAGCUAUGUCAAAUUUUACGACACUCAGCACGGAAAAUACAGAGCACAGACACUUCCUGAUGUCCACUAUGCCCCGCCCCCAACCGGCGUCCUUGAGUUCACAGUGAACCCACCGGAAAAUGCAUACUCGCUGCAUCUUCAGGUUGAGUACAAAGGACUUACGGACACCUACGACAUGAACAAGCCAUCCUGGCUGAUCGAGAAAGGAAAUAUUCAACUUUCUCAGAGCAAUUCAUCAAUGAUUGGCGAAAUAGUUUAUUUCAAACUGCUAAGUGCUGAUCCGAUGGACAGGAUAUUCUUUACGGUGAUCAACAAUAACCACGUGGUCCAGUCAGGCAUCCUCAACUGCAGCGGGUCACGAACUGAGCACAUUGUCUUUAAGGUCACCGACGAAAUGAAGCCGUACAGUAAACUCAUCGUAUACUACUUCACAACUUCCGGCUGGAACGCAGACUCUAUCUACUUUGUGGCCACCACUUCCGCUGAUGUAUUCACAAACAAAGUUGCGAUUUCCUUUGACCAAAAUACUGCGGAACCAGCUGAAAAUGUGACCCUGCAAAUAAGCACUGACCCUCGGUCAAUGGUCAAUAUCUUGGCUGUAGACCAGAGUGUGAUGCUGUUGGCGACUGGAAAUGACGUCACGCAGAAAAACGUCAUAACGUCACUUCGUCCUAAUGAUCACCCGUCUUCAAAUGCCAAUGAAAUGCAUGACCCACAACAAAUCAUGAAGACGUCGGGAAUACAAGUCCUGUCGGACGUAAUAGGCUUUUCCUGGGCUCAGCCAUUCUACAAACGUCAGGUAGAUUGUGGACCCCAAACCACGUACGCACCAGGACAAUAUCCAACUUUUCCCACAUGGCUUCCGGAAAUGGUUCCCACACCCGCACCAGGAUAUACAUUCGCACCAUGGAAAGUUUCCACACCCGCACCAGGAAUUACAUACGCACCACUACAAUAUCCAACAUGGAUUCCGGGAAUGGUUCCCGGACAAGGAGUUACACCAGCACCAGGAGGUGGGGGUUCUGGUGGUGCUCCUCUACAGCAGGUUACACACACCAGAGACUUCUUCCCGGAAACCUGGCUUUGGACAAGCGUCAUUUCUGAUCAGUCUGGAACCGCCACAGUGUCAGCCACAGUCCCUGAUACCAUUACGUCCUGGUACGCAACCGCCUUCUCCAUCAACAAACAGACUGGACUAGGAAUCACGGACGGUCCAACCAAGUUCACUACAUUCCGUCCAUUCUUCAUCAACCUCAAUCUGCCCUACUCUGUGAUUCGAGGCGAGCAGGUCGUGCUUCAGGCCAACGUUUUCAACUACAUGGGACAGGAAAUCAACGUAGUUGUAACCCUCGCAAAAUCAUUCGAUUUCGACGUGGUUCAAAACAAAAGCGGUCACUUGAGCUACAAUUCCGUAGACGUUGUCAAGCAAGUCACAAUCAAGGUCGGCGAGGCAGCUUCCAUAUUCGUUCCUAUCGUCCCCCGCAUUGUCGGCAUGGCGGAAAUCUCAGUGAAGGCCCAGUCUACGCUGUCCGCUGAUGGCGUUAAAAGGCAGCUUAGAGUGGAGGCUGAAGGCAAGAAGAUGCACUUCAAUGUUCCGGUUCUUUUGAGCAAGUUCAACCCCACGGACGUUCAGCUAGCUUUCCCGGAAAAUAUCGUGCCCGACUCGCAGAAAAUCCAGGUGUCAGCUAUAGGUGACAUCAUGGGUCCAACUCUGAAGAACUUAAAAUCCCUGCUUCGCCUGCCAACCGGAUGUGGCGAGCAGACGAUGACCAGCCUGGCACCAGAUGUCUUUGUUUACAAGUACCUCAACACUUCCGGUCAGCUGACACCGGAUGUGGCUGAGAUGGCCUUGAAUUACAUGCAGCAAGGUUAUCAACGCGAACUGACGUUCCAGAGAUACGAUUCUUCAUUCAGUAUUUGGGGCAAGAAUGACAAUAUGGGUAGCAUGUGGCUCACUGCGUUUGUCCUGAAGUCCUUUGCCCAAGCCUCGCCGUAUUUUUAUGUGUCUGACGCCGUUAUUGCCAAUGCUGCAAGAUGGAUGACCAGUUACCAGAGUUCGGACGGCUCUUUCCAGGUCGUGGGAUCGGUGCAUAGCACUCAACUGCAGGGAGGCGGAACAUCUGUGUACAGUUUGACAGCAUUUGUGCUGAUUGCACUCGUGGAAAGUGAGCGUAUCUUAAAGAACGAGUACCGUAUUACAAACAGCGCAGCCAGAGCCAGGGCAUAUCUUGAACUACAUCUCGACAAUCCAAUGAAUGUACAAAAUAUGGCAAUUAUGAAUGACACGUAUGACCUCGCCAUUGCGGCGUAUGCUCUGUCAUUGGCUGGGAGUUCAAAGUCUUUCCUUGCAUACACAAGGCUUAACCAGAGAGCUACGUUGACCAAUGAUGGCAUGAAGUACUGGAAGUUGCCCGGUCCACAAAACACCUACAACUAUUGGGAAACAUUUUACGCCAAGGAGUCUCCACUCUCUGUAGAGGCCACAUCGUACGUCCUUCUCUACCUCGUGCAAACCAGACAACUAUCCGAGGGCAUGCCAGUCAUGAAGUGGCUCGUCUCCCAGCGAAACUCUCUCGGUGGCUUUACGUCUACGCAAGACACUGUCCUGGGUUUGCAGGCCUUAUCAGAGUUUGCGUUCAUCACAUCGAGUAAUCUUGACCUCAGCAUUGAUGUUGCCGCUCACAACUUCCGUAAGAAGCUCCAUGUUACGAAGAAUGAUGCCAUGGUUCUGAAACUGCUCGAUAUUCCAUUCAGUGCCAUUCCCACGUUCCGUCCACAUGGAUCCCAGACAACUCCUGCUAACUAUAAACCGCCGUCAGUAUCACUGGAAGCUCAUGGGAAUGGAACUGCUCUUGUACAGGUGUCUGUGUCAUUCAACGUCGAGAUUGAACCUUCCCAGCCUGCCUUCAACCUCACGGCCGAAGUGGUCCAGGAUUCGCUGCACUCCAUCGUUGUCAAAACAUGCACUAGAUACCUGUAUGCGUACUACCAUGGACCGGGCAUGGCCGUCGUAGAGAUUGAUGUUCCCACUGGAUUUGAGGCGGACCUCGAGAGCCGAUUCUCUGAUAUUUCUCUGUCGAGGAAAUCUGAAAUCAAGGACCUGAAAACCGUUGUGCUUUACUAUGACGAGAUCAAUCCAAACAUAGAGACCUGCUCCUUUGUGGAGAUGAUCCGCUCUUACCUCGUGGCCAACGUCAAGCAGUCCUCGGUCAGGGUCUAUGACUACUAUGAACCAGAACGUUUCAAGGCUCUGACCUUCUACCAGUCCUCUAUCCUGAGGGACUCAUCCUUCUGCGACAUCUGUGCCAACUGUGGCUGUUAAAUGGUCAAUCCAAUAAAAACAAAGCUCUGUAGUAGAAA